AAAAUAGAUGGCUAAAAUUGAUCUUGCAACCUAUUGUGAUUAAACAAUUGAUCGCGUGGGGUCAUUGUUUAUCAGCGAGGCAAUUAUUUUCUUAAAAAAACAAAAGCUAUUGUUGAGUUUCGCGUCCGCAGUAGAUUACAUUCAGACUGUACUGUAAUGCCAUGGGGGACACUCAAGAUUGUUGUUCCAUUGAAGUGAUUAUGAUGAAAUGAUGAUGAAAUGAUGAUGAAAUGCUGUGGUAAACAUUCAAGCUUGUCGUACCAUUAAAGUGCAUUAUGACAAAGAGAAUCAUGAGAUAUGCCGUGGGAGACAUUCAAGCUUGUCGUACCAUUGAAGUGCAUUAUGAUGAAAUGCCGUGGGAGACACUCACAAUGGAGUGCGGCCUAGAUUACAUGUCAUUGUGAGUGGGUCAUACUAUUGAAGUGCAUUAUGAUGAAGAGAAGAACGAGAACGGAGUGCAGCCAAGAUGUACAUGUCAUUAGGUUUCAUAAAAGAUGAAUGCUCUUCUUGCUAGCAAAGGGACAAAAAAGUUUAUCAGAAGAUUGGGGAAAUCUCAGCCUACCACAUUUAAAACUUUAAUAGCUACAGCAGGUGCAUAUGGUGCAUAUAAAGUAUUUCAAUAUGGAUAUUCUAAAGUUAACCUACGUCAAAGUGAUACUAAACGUAAUGCAAACAAACUAGAACUUGAGGAGUCAGUAUCAAAGGAAAUCUCUGGAAAGUCAAAAGUAAACAAAGAAUACUUUGAAAAAUUAUGUAAACUUUUACAUAUUAUUUUGCCAAGUGUUUGGACUAAAGAAUUUGCUCUGUUGUCAGCACAUACUAUGACUUUGAUAUGCAGGGCUUUUUUAUCAAUUUAUGUUGCCUCAUUGGAUGGUCGAAUGGCUAAGUGUAUUGUAGAGAAGAACCUUGCAAAGUUCAUUUAUCUGUUAAUUCAGUGGAUUGGCAUUGCUGUACCUGCUACUUUUGUGAAUUCAGUUUUAAAGUAUCUUGAGGGCAAAUUAUCAUUAGCAUUUAGAACUCGCUUAGUCCAGUAUGCCCAUCAACUAUAUUUUGGGAAGCAAACAUACUACAAAGUUGGCAAUCUUGAUUCUCGACUCGCUGCUCCAGAUGAAUCAUUAACUGAAGAUUUGCGUCUGUUUUGUGACUCUGUCUCACAUCUUUAUUCACAUAUGACAAAGCCAAUACUCGACUUAAUACUUGUAUGUUUUACAUUAAAUGUAUUAGCGAAGAAACGUGGACAGUCAUGGGUCCAACCACUUUCCAUUGGAACACUAGUUACUGUGACAACUGGUCAUAUUUUAAGACAUUUUUCUCCAAAGUUUGGCAAGCUAGUAUCUGAAGAAUCUGCUCGGAGAGGACAACUUCGGACUGUACAUUCAAGAAUUAUAACUAAUUCAGAAGAAAUAGCUUUUUAUGGUGGUCACAAGGUAGAACAAACCAUGUUGGAUAAAUGCUAUAAAUCGCUUGCUCAACAAAUCAAUAUUAUUUUACGGCAAAAACUUUGGUAUGUAAUGCUGGAGCAAUUUUUAAUGAAGUAUGUGUGGAGUGCAUCUGGUAUGAUCAUGGUGUCCCUUCCCAUCAUGCUUGGAAAAGAUACAAACUCUGGUUUACCUGAGCAGAUUAGUGAACGCAGUCAAGUUUUUACUACUUCACGUAACUUGUUGCUAUCAGGGGCUGACGCAAUAGAACGGAUAAUGUCAUCUCUGAAAGAGGUCAAUGAACUUGCUGGUUACACUAAUCGUGUUUAUGAAAUGAUUAAUGUGUUUGAGGAUAUUCAUCGGGACCAUUUUAUCCGGGGAAAUGCUCUUCACAGUCAUUUGUCUUUGGAGGAAAGACUAUGGGAAGCUGCUCGGGAGACACAAACAUUCACCCAUGGACAAGUGGUUGCUAUAGAUAUUUUACCUCGAGUCGCACCUGAUUUUACUGACGGAGAUAUGAUUCUGAAAAAUGUGCCUAUUGUUGCACCAACAGGUGAUGUUGUGUGUCCAAGUUUAUCAAUAAAUAUAAGUACUGGUGACCAUUUUCUAAUUACUGGACCAAAUGGUUGUGGUAAAAGCUCCCUAUUUCGUAUUUUGAGUGGAUUGUGGCCAGUGUAUGGUGGUAAAUUAGCAAUACCAUACCCAAGAGAUAUGUUUUACAUUCCUCAGAGACCAUACAUGACUUUAGGGAGUCUACGUGAUCAAGUAAUAUAUCCAGAUACUGUUGGCGAUAUGAAGAUGAAAGGUUGGGCAGACUCAGACUUGGAGAAAAUAUUGGAUACUGUUUAUUUAAAGUACGUGGUUGCCCGCGAAAAAGGUUGGAAUAGCGUAAAUGAUUGGAUGGAUGUAUUAUCUGGAGGUGAAAAACAAAGAAUGGGCAUGGCAAGAAUGUUCUAUCAUAAGCCGAAAUUUGCCCUUCUUGAUGAGUGCACGAGCGCAGUUAGUAUCGACGUAGAGGGUUUCAUUUAUCAGGCUGCAAAAAAUGCUGGGAUCACCUUACUCACCAUCACACAUCGGCCAUCCUUGUGGAAGUUUCAUGAUCAUUUGCUCCAGUUCGAUGGCCAGGGUGGUUGGUUUGUGGAGAAGAUGGACACUUCAGCUCGAUUAACGUUAAGAGAAGAGAAGGAACGUUUGGAAACGCAGUUGGCAGGUGUACCAAAGACACAGGAACGUUUAAAUGAGCUGUGUGCUAUCUUAGGGGAAGACUAAGUAGUUACUUGUGCAACAAAUUAUAUGGGAAAUCAACCAAUUUUUCUCCCGCGUAUAAGUUUAUUAAGACAUGAUUACCACAAAGUAAUUAUAUAACAGUUUUUUAAAGAGUUUUAUAAGAAAACGAUUAUUUUUGUGA